AUGACUCAGAUGAUGGUGUUAGUUGACAUUAUUCACUACAGAUUCUCGGCUCUCAAUGCGCAGCUGUCAGACAUCAGCAUGGAGUAUAAUAACAUGCCACUUCAUGAUGUUAUGUCUAGACUGGACUCCGUGUUCCGACUUCACACCCAGCUACACGUCGUCGUCUGGGAUCUCAACGCUCACUACUGUCUGUACAAUCUGUUCACUAUCAUUGCUAAGGUUGGAACCGCUGUGUAUAAAAUGCAUCAAUACUUAAGGACCUUAUCUGGACAUAGAACCUGGUUCUGGUAUGUACCGAGUUGGAUCCCUUGUAUCUGGGAACUGAUCACUUUGCUAGUCCAGAUAUGCGUGUGCCAUGCUUGUGCACGGGAGGCCAACCGAUCUGCUCUUCUCGCUCAUCAGAUCCUUCGCCCCGACACUCCCAUCCAACUGUGGGAGCAGGUCAGCCUCUUCUCUAGGCUCACCUUACACCUCAAAGUCCGCUUCUCUGUCGGAGGGAUCUUCACGCUGGACCGCUCUCUCAUCUCAAAAUUGAGUGUGACUGCUCUGUCUUACCUCAUCAUAGCUGUACAGCUGAAAGAAGUAGAGCCUUACAUUGGUAGUCAGUCGAACAGUAUUAACUCUACCUACAACAGUAACAACAAGUCUACCAUGAUCUACUGA